UAAAUAACAACGGUGAUGUAAAUAUUGCUCUUAUUCAAACAAAGCUGAGAUAAAAAAUGAUAGAUUUAAAAUAAAAAUGCCAUUACUUAGGAUUUAUAAGACAUCAUCUUUGGACAAAAGAUGCAAUAUUUAUUGUCAUCUAAUUGCUAAAGAAUAUUGCACGAAGUCGAGCCAUCGACGCAUUCAUUAUAUUCUUGGUACUCUAAUAAUUCGAUGUGACUACACAUUUGCACAAAUUUGGCACAAGGAAUCUAAAAAACACAUUGCUUGUGAUGGAAAAUUUGCUUUUUUUGACAAUUAUGAGAAGUGCAUAAGCUGUAUCCAUCCUGGCAACUCCCCAUUAUUUGUUAUUCAAAAGCCAAGACCUGGUAAAAUAGAAGAUGGACUCAUCAUGGAAGGAUUGCCAGAAACAGUUGACUUGCCACAUCAAGGUUACAAAGGUUGCCUUUUUGCAAUCAAUUCUGAUAACUUUUUGUUUCGUGUUGACCUUGAGAGUGGCCAGGUUCUAGAAGAAGUUUAUCUUGGAGAUAGUUCUGUGAAAUUUAGGAGGCUACAGUGGAAUACAAUAGAUGAGAGUUUCAUUGUCUGCUCUACAAAGAAAUGUCAACAGAUCAAUGGGAGAGCUCCUGAGUCUGGAGACAUUAUGCAGCUAGUUGUUUUGUCUUGCAUGCCUUUGGAAUUCAUCUGUAAAUUUUCCAUUACAAAGAAGAUAUUUGGCAAAAGUACCUGCGAUGCCACCAUCUUUUUGAAUAUACUAGUUGUCAUGCAUACUUCCAGCUAUGUGUGUAUGUACAGUUUAGAAAGGAUCAUAAAGCAAUCUCUGACUCAUCAACAAAAACUAUACACAAAACUACAAGAUGGAUCUUCUUAUGGGCUAUACCCAUCAGCUUUGACACAGAAUAUUGAGAUAUCAGAGACACCAGAAUGCCUGUUUCAAGUUCGGUGCCAACAACAUGAUGUUAUGCUUACAAUGCCACCAUGUUAUUAUGUUAUGUGUCCUUAUGGCAAAAACCGAGGUUAUGAAUGUUGGUCUUUCAAAACUCACCAAAAGGUUGUUGGUGGCUACAUUAAGCCUGAAGAAGAUGAACAGAAUGACAGGAUCUCACUUCAUGCUGAUGACUCUGGUAGAAUACUUCACAUGAAAAAUGAAGAACUCAGAGUUUUAAAGCUAGUUGAGAUGUCAGAUGGAAAGGAAAGACAACUGGUUGAUGACUUUGUGAUUAAAUGCCAUGAACAAUCAAAGCAUCAGGCUCCCAUAGUUUCACAGUCUGGCAGAAUCAUCAAACAACGUCAAAGGGAAGGCUGCAUUGACCUGCCUGAAAGGUUAGUUCACACUAUGGGCUACAGUGAUGACCUUGACAUGAUUUUCUUACUAUCCAGUGCUCAACCCUUGAGUGACUCUCAAGCCCAGCAAACUUAUGUUGGUUUCUAUGACAACUGGAAUGGGAAACUACUCCGCCAAUUUGUUCUUGAGAGAAGAGCAUUUGAAACUUUAGAGCGGUCUUUGUUCUACCAACUGGACACUAUUUCUCACGUCAUCAAAACCAUGGACAGGAAGUUUGAGUGCAGUGUGUUUAAACUACAAGCUGUCCCUGAUCUUACAGAUGAAUGCUGCACAAACAAAAAGGAGCAACAGUCUCCCCGACGACGUGUACAAAGCCACAGAUAAUAUCUUGCUUUGAAUUGAUAUGUAUUGUGUAAUGCUCAUAUGUGUUGUCUGUUGACAGAUCUAGAUAAUAUAAGACCAUUGUAUAAGUAACCUUUGUGUUUGCACUUCUCUUGAGACUUUAAGCAACAGACUCACUGAGGACAUGUACAAAGCCACAUAUUAUAUCUUGUUAUGAAAUGAAAUGUAUUGUGCAAUGCUCAUGUUUGUUGUCUGUUGACAGAUCUAGAAACUAUAAGACACCGCAUUUACAUGUCAAAUUUUUCCUUGUUGUUUAUAGAAAUUAUUUUCUCUAAUGGCAGCUAAAUUAUUGCUAUUCAUUUUGGUUUCUUUUCUUUAACAUUUUUAUGUAAACUAUAUUAAUUAAUUAUUGACAUACAUUAGUCAGGAAAAGAGGUUUUGUGUCAUUAAACUCGUGGAUUAGGUCAAGAAUAAAAUUAUUGGACAGGUUUCCAGAUUGUUUGAUUUUUGUCAUCUACUUUGUGAGUGUUAAGGAAUUAUUUUUUAGCCAUCUUAAAUAUUCAUAAGUAAUGGUCAGUCUCAAAAUGUUCCUAUUGACCACCUUGCUUUUGUCCAUGGACUUUUCAAGCCAAUCAAUGAACUAAGUGGAAACCUUCUCUCUAUAAUACUAUGGUGUGUUUUUAAUGUAGAAGUUGAAGUUUUACUGCAUGUCU